AUGCUUGAUAACGCUAACAACUCUAGUAGUAAACGCAUCGAGAAGCGCCGAUAUCAAUGUGAUAUCUGUAACAAAUGCUUUACUCGUCCGAGUGCUUUGAAGACGCACAUUUAUACACAUACAGGCGAGAAGCCUUUUGAAUGUACCACACCCGGCUGCGGUCGUCGUUUUGCUGUCAUUAGCAAUUUGCGACGUCAUUUCAAAGUCCAUACUCGAAUGAUCCAUACGAGCGGUACACCCAGUGUUAGAAUCCCUGCAAGCGAACGUCUUUAUCAUGUCCAAAAAUUGAUCGAGAGAACAGCAUCCAUGCAGCGCGAUAACAUGGUCAAUAAUAAUGACACUAGCAGCGAUACCGGCAGCAGUUGCUGCAGUAGCAGUAGUACUAGCAGCACCAGCGCUACAUCAUCCAAGAAUAUGCCUGAGGACGACUAUGUGACCACCAGCCGUUAUCGCCAUCAACCAACAUCACAAUGUUACCAUCCAUACACAUUUCGAUCACCGCUGUCACAUCCGCCCGUGGCUUCAUCAUCAAUGGUUGCUCUGCCCGACGCCCCAAACAUGAUAACGCAUCCAAACCUGUAUCAUGAUCAGUUUGCACCAUCAUGGGACCAUCUGGAAGGCUGA